AUGUCUACAGAGCGCGCUUUGCAGAGUCAUUUGGCGAGUGCGACCGGUCGCCCCAACCUCCCGACUUUUGCCAAACACCGCCGGGCAUUGUGUUCCCUCGCGCCAAUUGUGCCAAUCGCAAUUGAUACCGGAAUCGUGUCAACGAGUGCCCGCAGAAGCUGCCUCGGACCGUCACACAGCAAGUCUCCCGUUUCUGAGGCCGGUCCCGAACAGCUUUUUCCGGCUAUGAGCACUUCUCAUCAGCAGGCCGUGCCACUCCCCGCUCAUGCCUCUGCAGUAUCGACCACAUCAUCUCCAGCCCAGAAGAAUGCGCGCGCACCCUAUCCCGACAUGCUAGGUUCACCGCCGGUUCCUCCCCCGAGGACCUCUUCCAGUCGCCGUACUCAAAAUGAAACCUCUACAGAGAAAACGAGUAGCUCUCGACAAGGCAAGAGCAGGUCCGAUCGAAAAGACACCCGUGAUCGCACGCGCGAUAGCACGCGCGAUGACCGAAAUGGCAGAUCACGGAGGCAGCCUGAGGACACAUCUCGUGAAGUACAAUCAAGGACGGAUUCAGAAGUGGACAUCCCUGGCCGCGUAAAAGAACCAAGUUCGGAGGCCAAGUCUGUGCUACCUAGUGACCAUGGUAUGGACGAGAGAGAACGACCCGCCACAGAAAAUGCCUCUACGGGUAGCGUCGAAGAGGAGGCUCGUGGGCCUCGAAGUCGGCAUGAUUACAAUAAUGGGAACGUUGUCAAACGCAAGGAAACCACCUUCGGCUCGUACAUUCUCGGACAAACCCUCGGCGAGGGAGAGUUUGGAAAGGUCAAGCUGGGAUGGAAGCGCGAUGGCACUCUCCAGGUAGCAAUCAAGCUCAUCCGAAGAGACACACUGGGGACCAACCCCAGCCGAUUACCGAAAAUCUACCGUGAAAUCGCCAUUCUGCGUGAGCUGGCGCACCCCAACAUUGUGCGCCUCCACGAGAUGGUGGAAACUGACCGUCACAUUGGUAUCAUCAUGGAAUACGCGUCGGGAGGUGAACUGUUUGAUUACAUCUUAAAUAAUCGAUAUCUCAAGGAUAAUUCUGCACGCCGGCUGUUUGCUCAGCUGGUGUCCGGUGUUGGUUAUCUGCACAAGAAGGGUAUUGUGCACCGUGAUCUCAAGUUGGAGAACUUGCUACUCGAUCGGAAUCGCAACAUCAUCAUUACUGACUUUGGAUUCGCCAACACCUUCGACCCGGUGGAUCCUUUAGACGAGGAAAUGGAGUACAACUUGACCAACAAAGAAUACGUCAAACGGAAGCGACUAGACAAGAUUGGUCCAAAUGGGCUAAGGCGAGGCGAUCUUAUGCAGACCAGCUGUGGUAGUCCCUGCUAUGCAGCCCCCGAGCUUGUCGUGAGCGAUUCUUUAUACACAGGCCGGAAGGUGGAUGUGUGGAGCUGUGGUGUAAUUUUGUAUGCCAUGCUGGCGGGAUAUCUACCCUUCGAUGACGACCCAGCAAACCCAGAUGGCGACAACAUUAAUCUCCUUUACAAAUAUAUCGUCACUACUCCUCUCACAUUCCCGGAAUACGUCACGCCACAUGCGCGCGAUUUAUUGAGACGGAUACUGGUUCCUGAUCCCCGGAAACGUGCAGACCUGUUCGAGGUUGCCCGUCACAGCUGGCUCAGCGAGUUCUCGAAUGUUGUGUCUCAUAUCACAAGUAGUACGACAAACGUUGUGGACAUUGCGAAUACAACGAUCCCAUCUGGUAAGGACCUGCUCUCUGUGGGUGGUCAAUGUUCGAGUUACUCACAUAAGGCUAUAGAAACCCAAAAGGAAGCACCGCCUCUUGUCCGUAGUGCUUCAGUGCGCGAACCACCGAAGACACAUCAGCACGCCCCUGCUGUUGGUGGCUUGAACCAUCAUGCUGGAGAUGUUUCUCAAGACCCGCCGUCCGAAAAGUCUAGAACCCCCCGCGAUGCCAAGCGGAGAACGGUCCAAGUCGAAUACGUUGCUCCUCAAUCACAAACGACCCGAGGAGAACCUCCGGUGGAAACGUCUGCAUCACGAAGCCGAGUCCCGGCCCCAUCUGAGGCCCAUAUCGCAGCUUCAGCGCAACAACCCACAGAGCCUGCAACUGCACCACUCAACCUGAACAAGCCACUUCCAGGGCACUUGCCGCGGUCGGCCUCGGACCACGCAGCCAUGACGGGGUCGCAGACGAGUGGGAUGUCGCAAGGGCAUCGGCCAGCCACUGGUACUUCUAUGAGCUCCUUUGGAAACACUGGUCGUUUGCCUUCUCGCGGCUCCUAUGGACAGCCGGUGGCUCCUACUGUUACCGCAACUAACACAGAAGGCCGCCUAGCACAGCCCAAGAGCAGGCAAUUUGCUCUUCCACAGGAUCCUGCACAGGGAUCGAGCACAUCUAUCCGUCGUGCAAGCACCCAGAACCAGCAAUUGCCUGCCACCUUUAACACUACUCCCCGACAAGAGCCGCCAAAAGGCCACAAGAGGUCCAAUACUGUUUCCAGCCUGGGCGAGAAACUGUUCGGUCGUUCUGGUUCAAUAUUGGGUGGUCGUUCGCAGUCUAAUGCCACUCGUACAAAGCAAGACAAGCGUUAUCCUCCUGUCAGCAUGAAGGAGCCUCUACCGAGGGAAAACUCCAGAGUGUCUGUGGAUUCCCGCCGCUCGAUGCAAUACCCCCAUAACCGCAAGACAAGCGAGUCUGGCGCGGAAAACCGUCCUCGUCGAUUCUCAUUACUCCCGCAAUCCUUCUCAUUUCGCGGUUUCUCUAAUACCCGGGCUCCUACUCCCGAAGAACCCUCGCAGAUCCCUCGUCCCGUGGACCCCCGUGUCUCGCAACGCCCUACCUCGGGCCCUGCCGGCCCCUCGCAGGGUCGCUCUCGGGCGACAAGCUAUGGCACGCAAGAAGCUAUGGGGAUAGUUGACGAGGGACCCGGCGAAGAUGUUCAUACCGAACCUGAGCCGCUUAGCUACGAGGCCCAGAUUGAUCAACAGUUUGCAGACCUGGGAUCUCAAUUUGACUACCAAAGUGGUUCCUUUGGAGUCCCCUCGCCUGAGGAAGUCUACCAGAACUCUGCAGACCGCAUUGAUCAACAAAAUCACUCAUCUAAACCAAACUACUACGAUGAUUACAAUGGCCCAUAUGACAGCGCGCCUAGGCAGUCGACGCAGGUUGGCCGGUCAGGCCGUGGGCCGGGUGUUUUGCAGAAAAGCCACCGCAAAUUCGCGGACGCCUACGAAUAUGAGCGCGACGGGUCUCACCAUUCCGGCAGCUCGGGGGCUGCACGCAAAGUCAUGGACUUCUUCCGAAGACGCGCCAAGUCCCGCGGCGGCGAUGACCGUUGA